AUGCACGUACGCUAUCUUCGGCAGCUGGUUGCCCAGGUUGACGCCCAGCCUGAGCAGAGACUGUCACCCGCGACCCAGCGCCUCAAGGACGCCAUCGAGGCCAAGUCGCACUUGUACAUGCACUUUACCGAAAUGUUUACGGAAAUUCCCCCCCAAGAGCAACAGGGACACAAUCAGACCGUCGUUCGCGACUAUAAUCACAUGCUGCAGCUUUUGAGCCACAUUGUCAAAACGGCGCCGCCCCCGGGGUUGGGGAUACCCGUGCCGCCUAUGGCUUUGAUCCUCACGAAUCCAGCAAAUACUGCGAGUGGCCUUGCUGCUUUCUCGGACCCAGAGGUCAAUGUCCUGAUCAAAGGUAUCUUGAACGAGUGGGCAGACUUUCUCGGGAGCGCCGACUCACUCCCAUUCGUCCAAAAUGGCGUUGAUGGCUGGCUUGACAAGAAUUCGCUAGCAGAGCUAGAGCAAGUUGCCAACCUCGAAGUCGGCAAGCCAUCGAGCUUUGCGGAACUGUUUGAGUGUGAUGCCCAGGAUAAAUACUACGGCUUCCGCUCCUGGGAUGACUUCUUCACUCGACGCUUCCGGCCGCAUAUGCGACCAGUCGCUGAAGCCGACGACGAUAGCGUCAUCGUCAACGCCUGCGAAUCCGUCCCUCACACAGUCGGUAUGAAGGCAAAGCUCCGCGACACCUUCUUCAUCAAGGAUCAGCCGUACUCUGUUCUUGAUAUGCUGGGACACAAUCCAAUUGCCGAGAAAUUCGACGAUUCCACAGUGUACCAGGCCUUUUUGAGCAUGCACUCGUACCACCGCUGGCACGCGCCCAUCUCGGGCACGAUUCACAGCGCCUACGUCGUCGACGGCACGUACUACAGCCUCCCGCGCUUCUUUGCUGCCGAUCAGCCUGGCGUCACUUUUCCCAGGAAGCCGCAGGGGUUCGGGCACGCUAUGCGAUAUCUGAGCGAAAUGGCCACGCGGGCCGUCAUCAUCAUCGAGGCCGACGAGCCGGGCCUGGGACUUGUCGCCUUUGUCGCGGUCGGCAUGGUGGAAAUUAGCACAUGCGAGAUUACGGUUGAGCCAGGACAGCAUGUCAAAAAGGGCGAUGAGAUGGGGUCCUUUCAUUUUGGCGGCUCCAGCUACUGCUUGCUGUUCCAGCAUGGUGUCGAGCUCGUCGAUCUGCCUGCCGAGGGAAACUUUUCCUCUCCAAACAUGCCGGUCCUGAGCAAAAUUGCUACGGUAUUGCGACCUAGUCUUACAGAUCAGCUAUAA